CUUUAGAACACACACAAACACACACAGUAGGAAGCUCAUUCUUAAGAUACUUAAGUGUUGAAGUGUUGGAUCUACAUUCACUCCUUACUCUGAGGUUAUCGUGUUAGAAACUUGUUUAAAAUUAUCAUGAAGAAAGAUUGUGCAAAGACCCUUGUUUCUUCGGCCCUAAGGAGAAUCCGAGAGCGUAAUGUCAGGACGCCAGCGACUGCACAUGAUGGACCGACUAGGACAAUUAAAAGAAAGGCCAGGAAGACCCUGAGGAAGAAGAUAAGGGUCCCUAAAACUGAGCCCCCAAACACCUCUAGGGGGGAUGUCGACGUGAGAGGAGGGAAGAGGACACGACUUGACCUUGUUAAGCAUGACAUGGAGACGGCGUCCUGCUCAGCUGACACUGAAAGCUGCAAUACAUCUGUGGAUAAUGUGAGCAAGAGAGGUGUUAAGAGGAAGGCCGUUGCCGAUGGUGAAGGACCAAGCACGAAAAAGGGAAAAUCCGACCUGAAGGAGACCAAACUGGAUUUGUCCAUAGCGUCCCUAACAGCAAAAUUUAAGGCCAAAUACAUAGAGCAGGAUCAGCUGGGCCAGGGAGGAUGUGGAUCUGUGUUUGCCGGAUAUCGCAGGGCAGAUAAUUUACCUGUUGCCAUCAAACAUGUGCCGAAGGACAAAAUCUUCUGCAAAGUAGUGGACCAGAAUGGGAAGCAGCUGUCUGUGGAGGUCGCCAUCAUGAUAAAACUUGCGGCUGGAACAAGUGGAUCAGUGGGGACGACAGCGCCAGUGGCCCUACUGGACUGGUAUGAUUUGGACCAGGAGCUGAUCCUGGUGCUGGAGAGACCAGUUCCCUCCAAGGACCUACUCAGUUACGUUGAGGACAACGGAGGUUCCUUACCGGAGGAACAGGCCAAGAUCAUACUGAAACAGCUUAUUGAGGCAGCAAUUGAACUUGAGAAUCUUUGCAUCUUUCACCGAGACAUCAAGGUGGAAAAUAUUCUGAUCGAGACCGGUUCAGAUGUCCCUCGCAUUCGCCUUAUCGACUUCGGACUGAGCUGCUUCGCUACGAAAGGAUCCUUUUACCGCAAUUUCUACGGUACUCCUUCUCACGUCCCUCCCGAGUGGUACAGUCAUCGCAUCUACAGUCCCAGCCCCACCACAGUGUGGCAGCUGGGAGUGGUCCUGUUUGAAAUGCUCCACAAAGUUCCUUUUGAGACCACUAAGUUCCUCAGAAACAAGCUGAGAAUCAGCAAAAAGCUGUCCAAAAACUGCCAGGAUUUUUUGAGAAUGACUCUGACCGAAACCCCCCAGCAGCGUCUUACCCUGGAGCAGCUUCAACUUCACCCAUGGCUCGGAUAAACUAGCACUACACACACACACACACACGUGCGCGUGCAUGCGCACUAAAAGUCCAUAAAUGUAUCCAGUGCCAUACAUUAGUGUCAUCCAAGUACUAAUGCUGCUCUGUCUUUGACAGAAAGACGGACGUGAGAAACUGCUGCUUGACGUAAUUAAUCUGACUUAUCUAAUUGGACUGAAUAUUGAACUUUUUACAGUAAUUGGCCUUUGUUUUGCUGAUCCUGUAGCACCCCCAGCCAUCCCAGGAGAGGGGAUCUCUCUUCGAAUUGCCUUUCCCAAGGUUUCUUCCGAUUUCUGCUUUCUUCCGAUUAUGGGGAGUUUUUCCUUGUCUUCUUAGAGAGCUUGGGCCGGGUCAGGAGCUGCUGCUAAAAUAGGCUGUGAGAGCCUAUUUAUGUAAUAGCCUA